AUGUCUUGGGGUUUGGCCUGGAUAUCCCUCACGACACCACCUUCAACAGCUGGCGGCCUUCACCACGCAACAGGCCUGCAUUGCUUUCGAAACGGCAUGUAUCCAUGUCCAUCCUGUACCAUCUUGUACCCUGGGUACAGUAUCCUACCUAUUCAUCGUCAACCCGUGCAUACGUCCCAUGCAUGCAUGUCUCAUGCCGAUAGCAUCGCCAUGAGCGAAGUAGUGGCGCGCAUCAGGCUGCGUUUUGCGCCCACUGACGCUUCCUGA